CAGGACUUUUCUAAUACGUGUCCUGGAUUUUUUUCAGGUGUGACUCAGGCUGCAGUUGGACUGAGAAAUGGCUGCCAGACUCUUUGAGAACAUUGGCAAAUUUGGUUUAGGAUUAGCCAUCGCAGGGGGCGUUGUCAACUCCGCUCUCUAUAACGUCGACGGGGGACACAGAGCCGUUAUCUUUGACCGAUUCCGUGGUGUUCAAGAUGUGGUGGUAGGAGAAGGAACCCACUUCCUCAUCCCCUGGGUACAGAAACCAAUCAUCUUUGACUGUCGUUCUCGCCCACGUAACGUUCCCGUCAUCACUGGCAGCAAAGAUCUGCAGAACGUGAACAUCACGCUGCGGAUCUUGUUCAGACCGGUUGCUGCCCAGUUACCUCGAAUUUUCAUGACUCUGGGAGAAGAUUACGACGAGCGGGUGCUACCAUCCAUCACCACGGAGAUCCUGAAGUCUGUUGUGGCUCGGUUUGACGCAGGAGAGCUGAUCACGCAGAGGGAGCUGGUCUCCAGACAAGUGAGCGAAGACCUCACGGAACGAGCCACUACCUUUGGCCUCAUCCUCGAUGACGUUUCCUUGACGCAUCUGACCUUUGGGAAGGAGUUCACGGAGGCGGUGGAGUUGAAGCAGGUGGCCCAGCAGGAAGCCGAGCGAGCCAGAUUCGUAGUGGAAAAGGCUGAGCAGCAGAAAAAAGCAGCCGUCAUCACCGCUGAAGGGGACUCGAUAGCAGCCGAGCUGGUCGCUACCUCGCUGACCGCAGCUGGCGACGGCCUCAUCGAACUCCGCAAGCUGGAAGCGGCCGAAGACAUCGCUUACCAGCUCUCGCGCUCCCGCAACAUCACCUACCUGCCCUCGGGACAGUCCGUGCUGCUCCAGUUGCCCCAGUGAGCGUAGCGUUGUAGCCAGUUGUUACCUGAGCGCCUCUCAAUAGCAGAUUAGCCCUGGCUGAAACAAACGAAUCAUUGGCAUUUCCUGAUUGGCUUAAGCAAAGAAAACAAAAUUAAAUGCAUCCUCAACUGAG